GGCGGCCGGAGCAGCGGGCGGCAGGAGGCAGUGGUGACAACGGAAUGGAGGGUGCACGGUGACGGGAGGCGAGAAAACAGUUGUUGCAGCAGGACGUGUGAACAUCCCCUCCCCGGCAGCAUCGUAACCUCUCCUGGAUGGUUAUGUGUGAGGGCGUGAGGGCAUGAAGGGAAGAGACACCCACACACAGCCAGAGAACAUGUGAAGGGAAUGUUCAGCAGUCAUGAGCAGCUUGUGAAGCGCUCUGGCAAGAAAGGUGUGGACCGGCCACAGUACCUGAAAGAGCUGGUGGAAGAAUUUCUUACCUCUGGCAGUAUAGACUGCAGAAAACAAGUUCUAGCAAAUCUUGCUAACUUUGCCUAUGAUCCCAUCAACUACCAGUGGUUCAGGAGGCUGAAGAUCAUUGAUAUCUUCCUUGACCAGGUGUCUGAAGGAAUACAAGACUUGCGUAGCUUUGCCGUGGCGGGAUUGUGUAACCUUGCUCUGGAUUUAGAAAACAAGCAAUACAUUCUUAAAAAUGGAGGUGUGGCGCUGCUUCAAGAGUGCCUGCUGACGGAAGAUGAGGCAGUGGUUGCUUCAGCCCUGACGACUCUCAUGUUCCUCGUCACUCCUGAGUCAAAAUCAGAAAUAACAAGUACAAAAGUGGUGAGCCAGGUGUUGAAGAAAGUUAAAAGUGAUAAUCCCAGAAUUCAAAACUUGGCUAAAAUAUUCCUCUCAGAUUACUGCACAACUGAACAAGUGAGGGAAGCAGAGGAGGGAGAACAGAAGUGAUGGGAAUACCCUGCCAUUGUUAUUUCAGAGGACUUCCUAAA